AUGGGUACGGGCCUCGGGACUUUAUGCACAUCGCCAAGGGCAGAAGGAGAGCAAGCCAACGCUCGGGACGAUGAUGACGAUGAUGGUGGCAAUGGUGAACCUGGAUGUUCUGUCGAGGGUGGCUACUCUCGUGAUGCUGGUGGAUAUGGACCACUGCAUCAGUCCCAACCCAGGAGCCCAAGACAUGUCCCCCUGCGACAGGUGCCCAUGAGCCACACGAAGAUGGAAACAGACACUGCUACUCGCAGAAGACGAUCGAAGUUCUUUCACCAAGAUGACGCUGUUAUGGCUCUUGGUGGCUCGGGUGACGGUCGCAAUUCCACGACGUUCAUCAUGCCAGGGGAACGGUCGUUGGGUAUGUCGCUGCCUCGAACUUCCUGCUCCCGGGUGGCCACCCUGGCCUCUCGAAGCAUCUCGGGAUCCAGGUGGUACUCAGCUCCGGCAGGCGGGAUACCAGCAGCAAAGAAGAAGUACAUCCCAGCGAGCGGCACGUACCCCAAAGGCUUCAAAGUCUCAGGAACCUGGGUCGGCGUCAAGCCCAGCAACAAGUCCAAGCCAGAUCUCGCCCUGAUUGCUUCGGAUACGCCAUGUUCAGCGGCCGCCGUCUUCACCAAGAUCAAGUACCACGCCGCGCCCGUGACUUUCAGCCGAAGAUUGCUGCAGGAUCAGAAGAACUCGGGCUUCCGCUGUGUCAUUAUCAACUCGGGAUGUGCCAAUGCCGCGACUGGGCAGGGCGCCCUUGAGGAUGCGCGGGAGAUGUCCAAGGCUGCGGACAGGUGUCUGGAUGCCGAGAACGCCACGGUGGUCAUGAGCACGGGCGUCAUCGGGCAGAGGUUACCGAUCAAGAAGAUCCUCGACAAAGUCCCUGAAGCUCACGAAGCGCUCGGAGACUCUCACAAGCACUGGAUGGCCUGCGCUACAGCAAUCUGCACGACUGAUACAUUCCCCAAGGUGGUGUCAAAGACGUUCAAGCUGCCUUCAUCGCCGGAUAUCCAGUACCGCAUUGCUGGCAUGACCAAGGGCGCGGGCAUGAUCCAUCCCAACAUGGCUACUCUUUUGGGUGUUAUCUCCACCGAUGCGUCUGUCUCGUCUAGCGUCAUACCCGAGGCGCUGAAAUACGCCGUUGACCGGUCAUUCAACAGCAUCACGAUUGACGGUGAUACGUCGACCAACGACACAAUCGCUCUGCUGGCCAACGGGGCAGCUGGUGGCAAGGAGCUGUCAUCGACAGACACAGUCGACUACCAGGUCUUCCUGGAGGUUCUCACCGAGACCGCGACAGACCUUGCCAAGCUUGUCGUCAGAGAUGGCGAGGGCGCGACCAAGUUCGUGACCAUCCGCGUGGAAGAGGCCCCGACCGACGAAGCAGCACGACUGGUCGCAAGCGUCAUCGCCCGCUCGCCGCUCGUCAAGACGGCCCUCUACGGCAGGGACGCCAACUGGGGAAGGAUAUACGCGGCGAUCGGAACGGCAUUGACCACCAACCAGAGAGAGCCCGCCGUGGACAACUACGCGGAUGUCGAGCCCGAGAAGACCAACAUCUCGUUCAUACCCGCGGACGGCAGCCCGGAACUGAAAGUGUUCGUUGACGGAGAGCCGGGCAAUGUGGACGAGGCUCGUUGUGCUGAGGUUCUGGCUCAUGAGGAUAUUGAGGUCCUGGUGAGGCUGGGAGCUCCUCAGAAUAAGAAGACGAUGUAUUGGACCUGCGACUACUCGCAUGAGUAUAUUACUAUCAACGCAGACUAUCGGUCGUAG